AUGGACAUCAUAGGACCCAUCAAACCCCCUUCGGCAUUGGGUCACACCUACAUCUUAGCUGCUACGGACUACUUCUCUAAGUGGGCCGAAGCAAUUUGCCUCAAGCAUGUUCCUGGAAUGUCGGUAGCUAUUUUUGUGCAGCAUCACAUCAUCUACCGAUCUGGUGUACCUGAUCAGAUCACAUCAGAUACUGGCCUGCAAUACAGAAGUCAGUACAUCGACCGCUUGGCCACCCAGUUUUGCUUUGACUGGAAAUACUCUACCAUGUACAACCCUCGGGCAAAUGGUCUAGCCGAGGCCUUCAACAAGACUCUCUAUGCUGUCUUGCAGAAGUCAAUGUAA